UUGUUUAUCAACAAAGUUGUUUGGUGUAAUCAUUCAUGGUCAUAUCUCCAGCGUACCGUUUCACUACGUUUGUCUCUCACAUAUAAAACCAUGAUGCUUACUGUUUGCCGCCUGUGCCUCGCAGACGACGCCAAUUUUGCUAUUUUUACCAGCACAAUUCCUUUGCGAAUUAUAACAUGCGCUGCCUUGGAAGUGCAACCCGACGAUGGAUUACCCCAGGCCAUUUGUGCCACAUGUCGUGUACGUUUGGAAGAGUGUUACUAUUUUCGAAAACGUUGCCAUGCAGUGGAUCGCCGGCUGCGACGAAUAAAACGCCUUGGAAAGAGUGGUUUGCUUGAGGGAACUGCGGAUGAGGACGAUGCCGUUUUAGAGCUGGACGCAGUGCCAUGCACUCCCACAGCUUGUACAGAAAGUGCUGCUAACUGGCGGACGGAGGCAGCGCAACUGAUUCGUUCCGAGAUUGAGGCUUACAAGAAGGAGUUAUUGGUCAUUUGCAAACAAAAAGUUCGCGAGGAAAUUGAGCAGGAAGUGCGUAACGAGGUGGAGGAAUUCGUGAUGGCAGAAGCUAGCAGACAGUGCCGAUUAAAUGUAUUGGAUGACCUUUCCUACGAGCUGGAACGUUUCCUCUCGCGCAAACGAAAUGAAGUAUUCCAAAACGGUGGUCAGCAGUAUUCAGAGGGUUUUAUCUCUGAUUCAGAAACCCAUGAACUGGAAAGUACUUCGACUAUGGUUGGUGAUUGUUAUGUAGGAAAUGACGAAGCUGAUCAGGAUAGCUCUGUGGAAUUGCUUGACGAUGGACUUGAUCCAAAAGUCAAAUCCCAAGAAAAUGUGGUGGGCGAUACGCCUCAUUCAAAGGAUUCGACAUCAACUCAACCCAAUGCUGGAACUAGCCAGGUGGUACCAAUGGUUGUAAUCAACAUGGAAGACAACCAGAUGAGAUACCUACGUGAAGACUUCAGCAGUGCUACCUUCUUGACAUCAAAAUCAUCGCCAAAAUCCCCCUUAAAAAACAAAGAUAGAAAGAAAAGAGGGAAAUUUAAGAGCCCUAUACGGCGUCCAACCCACCAGAAAAUCCGGGAACGAGUGUGUCGUAAACAUUCAUGUGCCUGGAAUAGUUACAAAACAACACAACGGCAUACCUCAUUAGGUGAGGAACCAUGGAAAAAUUGUAUACGUUGUCGUCUCAGAGGCUCUAACCCGCAGGCGGAUCCAGUUCCCGAAUAAGGACAUGGAUUUAAAGAAGGGAAUUUUUUUAAAUACAUGGAACUCACUAACCUACAUAAAACUUAUAUGUGUUUGUGUAAAACUUUUAAUAUGUAUACACUUAAAUGUAAAAGAGAAGUAUAGAAGUUUAGAGGAUAAUUGAUAAUAUUUUUUUUUUGUAGAAUGUAAGUUAAUAUGUACAAGUAUAUCUCUAUUGAAUUGUAGUGUAUUUUUAAUACAAUACAAUACAUAUGUGUGUGACCAAACUCUGGAACUAAUUCGUCAC